AUGGAGCGACUCCUUCCUGGUGAGGAAGCAAAGGCAUUCGCUGCAGACGUAAAAAGGUUGGAGGGGAGGAACAAUCUCACAUACCUCAUGGAUGGGUGGGAUGACAGCCAAAGACGCAGCGUCUAUGGGUGCAUGGUUGCCGAAGUUGGGGAGUUUCCUGUGGUGUUGGGAGUGGAGGAACUGACCGGGAUCAGAGCGACUGGAGAUAACCUUUGCGACGUUGCGACCAAGGCCCUGGCAAAGAAAAGCGUUGAGCCCAAGUCCAUUAUUGCCGUUUGUACUGACAAUCCUACCCCGAUGGUUGCAUUUCGCAGAAAAUGGAAGAAUGAGUAUCCAUGGAUUCUCACAAUUCAUUGCUUCAUGCACAGCAUCAAUACGAUAAUCGGAAAGAUUGUGAGCUACCCGAGCAUCAAGAAGACUGUUACCUCAAAUUCACGUAUUGUUUCUUUCUUCAACUCGUCACAUUAUUGGGGAGGCCAACUCAAGAUCAUUGCAAAAGAAAACAAGGUCACGCGCGGCCUAAAAACCAACACGGAAUCGCGUUUCUAUGCGCUUAUCCUCCAAGCGCUGAGCGUACGGGAUCACAAGGCUCCGUUGACUACGCUCUGCCUUCGUCACGACGCACAACACUCAGUUGGCGGUCUGACUCCAGUUGCGAAGGAUGUCGUCAAAACUGUCUUCGACAUUGAUCGCUGGCAACGGACGGACCAGCUGAUUCGGGUUUGCAAACCCUUGGUCGACAUCAUUGGCGACGUUGAAGCUCGAGACGCUACCUUGGCAGACUGCAUGCUUCAGCUGAUCUGGGCCCAUCGGGAAGUCACCCGAUUACCUCUCAAAUCUGGAGAUGACUCGGGAUUCCUGCAGCACGCCCAGCGGGUUUUGAACACUCAAUUCCACGAGAUGAACACUGACCUCCAUUGGCUUUGCCUGUUUCUCCACCCCCUCUGCCGAAAACUCGCCAUCUCGAAUUCUCGUCACUCACACAAACUAGAGGACGCAUACAAAAUAUCACUCGCCAUCGCAUCGAAUUGGGGUUGGAGCAGGGAGAUGGCAACAGCCUUGCUCAGGGAUAUCAAAGGGUAUUUUCAUGUGCAGGGACCGUUUCAGGGAGGGAAAGCUGAUGGAAGGGAUUGGUGGAAGUCCCUCCUCGUGAGCGUCGCCUCCCACCCUCUCAAAGCCCUGGCAAUCAAGUUGUUCAGCAUCGUUCCUCACGCGGCUGAGGUUGAACGCUUCUUUUCCAACCUUGGCGGCAUCCAAAGUGUCAAGCGUUCCCGUCUCACGAUACCUCAUCUCAAGACACUGGGAACGCUCCGAAAUCAUUACACACGCCAAGUACAGGAGGAAGCGACUAAGGCGGGAAAAUCAACGCGUCGAAAGCAUGCGCACAUGCAUACUCAAGCCGAUGGGGGGAUUAAUGUGGAAAGGGCGGAGGAUUUGAUACAGGCGUAUAAUUGGACUCCCCUCCCAGCCAAUUUCAACAGUGACCUUGAGGGCCUCGAGGAGAUAACGGAAGAAGAAAUCGACGCGGAAUUUGACAAGCUGGAUAAACAGUUACCGACAGGCGAAGGCGAUGGAAUCACUGCAGAUGUUCCUCUUGAACAAGUUUUUGACAUAACUGACCUUGAUAAUAUUCGCGCAGGCUCAACACCCCUCAGUAUCGAUGACGAAAUUACUGCUGUCACUGACACUAGUGAUUCUAAUGAUAAAUGGGAUGCUAAUUCAUUGAUUAGGUCACUAGGUGUAGCGUAG